AACCUUUCAUAUAAUUGAUACUUCAGAAAUUCUUAUUGUUAACUAAUUAGGAGCUAAUCUCUCCCUUAGUUUCUAACAUUUUAUUCACUUUUUUAGAAUCACUGCAUUGCCUUUUCACCCACUGCUGCCCUUCUAACUGCUGUUCCCCUCAUCCUGCAUCCUUGUUAUCCACCCCCUCCCUAAUCAGUAUAUUCCCUUCUCAUCUUCACUCACAUGUUCGUCAACCACUCAUCUCUCUGGUUUCCCAAUGUUGGUAUGUAACCAUGUAAUUAUUUUUAAUGACUUUCGGCAUACAAAAAUUAUAAAUACUCAGUCUAGUUUCCCAAGGAUCAGAGUCAAAGAGGUAACCUUCUCUCGGGGAUCCAUACAAGACUCCAGGGAAACCAGAAAACUUGUCAUGGACACCACAGGCAAAACAAUCACAUGCUGGGCAGCCAUUGCCUGGGCAAAAAAUGUUCCUCUUUCAGUUGAGAAAGUUCAAGUUGAGCCACCAAAGGCUGGGGAAGUUCGUAUUAAGAUGACAUCUUCUGGGAUCUGUGGUUCCGAUGAUCAUGUACUGAAAGGAUUAAGCCCAAUGAAAUUUCCUUUAAUCCCAGGCCAUGAAGGAGCUGGGAUUGUGGAGAGUAUUGGUGAAGGAGUGUGCUCAGUAAAACCAGGAGAUAAAGUCCUCACACUCCCUCUUCCACAAUGUAGAGAAUGCAGUGCCUGCUUGCACCCCAAGGGAAACUUCUGCGAGAAGCAAGAUGUUCUACCUUCUUCUGGAUUAAUGCUGGAUGGGACCAGCAGAUUCACCUGCAGAGGAGAAAAGAUUUAUCACCUUUUCCGCACAAGCACAUUUGCUGAAUAUACUGUUGUGCAAGAGAUUGGGGUGGCAAAAAUUGAUGAUGCCGCUCCCAUGGAUAAAAUCUGCAUCAUAAGCUGUGAGGUGCCUACAGGCUAUGGAGCUGCUGUUCACUCAGCCAAGGUCACUCCUGGUUCUACUUGUGUGGUCUUUGGACUUGGAGGAAUCGGCUCAGCUGUCGUCAUGGGCUGUAAAGCCUCUGGUGCUUCUAGAAUCAUUGGGGUUGAUAUCAACGAGGAGAAAUUUCCCCAGGCUAGAGCAUUAGGGGUCACUGAUUGUAUCAACCCCCGGAAACUCAAGAAGCCUGUCCAGGAGGUGAUCAUGGAGAUGACAGGCAUUGGUGUUGACUUUGCUUUCGAGGCCAUUGGACUCUCAGAUACCAUGGUUGCCGCUUGGGAGUCCUGCCACCUAAGCUAUGGUGUCUGUGUCAUCAUUGGAGUGACUCCACCAAACACACCAUUUUCCCUCGAUGGGGGGAAUGUUUUCUCUGGACGGACACUGAAGGGCACAUGUUUAGGAGGUAGGUCAGUGAAUAGAAGGGACCAGUUGGUUGCUCUCAAGAAAUUCUCUUCAACUCUGUGGAAUUCAAACAUGGAAUUCAAACAUGGAAUUCAAAAUUCCUUUCCUUGGGGAAACAGAACUAUAACGGUAUUAGUUUCCAAAGAUUUUGCCUCGGAGGAGUUAGUGUAUUUUGCAAAUCAAUUUUAGUUAAUUUAAUUAAAUUAGAGUUUUUUUAAAUAUCAAAUAAAGCUUAUAGUUUUUGGAUUUUUCCCGUGUUUGGACUAAUUCAGUUAACUUCAGUUCUACACUGAGGGAUUCAAAGUUUGUUGUGCUAUUUUAAUGCAAUGCUUUUUGGAUAAUUACAUACACCAACUUGGUAUUUGGUUCUGAUUUUUGUCUCCCCAUAGGAGCCCUUAUUUCUGAACAAGAUUGACCAACAGCUUUACUAAAAACUCCCAUCUCCAUCCAUUGCUCUGAUGGCAGGAAAUUCCCCUGCCAUCUCAAUGUGUGUGACUAGAGAGAGAGGAGGAAAUGAUUGUAUAGUGGUAAACCCAGGAGGUGGGUUGGAGACUGCUAGCUGAUUUAAAAGGGACUCAGGAACACAUGAAUAUCGACCCAGUUUUUCUCCAAAGAGAAACAGAACUGUCUGUAGCAGCCACACUUAGCAACAGCAGUCAACAGCUUCUGAUGUACAAAUGAAUUCUCUUUCAUCUUCAAUGGCAAAUUUUUAGAGGAAUCCUUUACCUAUUUCCAUGACUUAUUUGAUUUUUUUUUUCAUUUGGCUGGUUUAAAAUUUCUCAAAUCUUAUUACAAAAGCCUUUUGUUUUGCAGAUUAUAAAACCAGAGACAGUUUUCCCCAACUAGUGACUGAUUAUCUACAAAAUAAAAUUAACAUAGAUCCAUUAAUAACCCAUCAGCUGCCUUUUAACCAAAUCCACAAAGCUUUCGAGUUGUACC